UAGGGACACCCUCAACCAUGAAGUACCCUAGACCAAGGGGAUUACUGCCACGGUCUCACAAAACAACUCACUUCAGUGUGGUGCGCAGUGAUUCAUUCCUAACCUAAGUCAGCACGUGAGGAUUAGUUUACUUUCGGUCUGAGUAGGGCAUUAAAGGCUUGGUUUAAUGAAACCCCUUCUCAAAUAGUUACAUCGAAAGAACUUAUUUCUGCAAAAUCAGUUGCAAGCUUUCCACUUUCAAUUGCAUUGAUAAAAGUAAAUGUUUGUACUAUAAAUAUGUUAUGUCACGUGUGUUACUGAUAUCGUUAUCUAUUCUUGUAAUUCCACCAAUGUGAUUACACUCAUUUGAUAACCUUCUUUAGUCGCAAAAAAGAAAGCUUUUAAAUAUAAUUUUUUUAUUGUAUCUUAUAUAAACAACUAAAGGGAAAAAAAAUCCUCCAGGAUUUAAAAGACAAAUUUUAGUUAAAUAUAAAGUUGUUUAAGAUAUAGUCUUCCUCUCAUUCUUUAUAUCGCUGAAUAAUUUUUAAGCACUAAUAAAAUGGAGUUCCCUCAAUCCAGAACGCCCUCCAAAGUGCUUCAAUGGAAGCUACAUGAUAAAUGAAAGCAAGACAUAUGUAUUUAAAAUUUUUUUGAAAUCAGGUGGCGUUCAGAUCUGUCCAAAAUGAUUACCCAUAAUCAGUUCUUAUGACCGUUCGUACGUCUUUUAGAUUAACCCAUUAAAGGGGGCCAUGGGCCAUAAAUCCCCAUUCGAGUGGGUGGAAUACGUCAGUGGUGCAAAUAGUUGAGUCCGAGUAACAUGCAAAUCACUACGGCUUUAGUUUCUCUGCUGAUCGUUGUUCAGGGAGGGUCCAUUUCUUGUCUGGAUUUGGGUCAUGGCAUCGAUGGGCGAAUUUCUGGCGGUGAGCUGGCUGAAGUUAAUCAGUUUCCCUAUCAAGUGGGUUUGAGCAUUGAGGAGCCCAACGAUAUGUUCUGCUGGUGUGGAGCCAGUUUGAUCUCCGACCGAUAUUUAUUAACGGCAGCACACUGUGUGGAAAAGGCUGUCGCCAUUACUUACUACUUGGGCGGAGUGGAGCGACUCACACCUCGACAACUUAUCCGAUCGACCAAUCCGCAAGUUACCAUACAUCCUGGCUUUAAUUGCGAAACCCUGGAGAAUGACAUCGCUGUUCUACGAUUGCCAGAAGAUGCUGUUUCCUGUGACUCCAUAAAACCCAUCCGGUUGCCAGGAAUCUCAUCUAGCCGCACCACUUAUGACUACGUCCCGGCAACAGCUUCUGGUUGGGGCCGCAUGAAUGAUGAAUCGUCAGCCAUUUCGGAUAGCCUGCGCUUCGUUUCCCAGUAUGUAGAAUCCAAUGAAGAUUGUGAGUACUGCUACGCCAACAUAAAACCCACCAACAUCUGCAUGGACACCACCGGAGGACGAUCAACCUGCACAGGAGACUCCGGGGGACCGCUGGUCUACAAGGAUCCCUCGCAGGACUCAGACCUUCUGAUUGGCAUUACUUCCUAUGGCAAAAAGUCGGGCUGCACAAAGGGAUAUCCAUCGGUUUUCACGCGCGUCACCGCCUAUUUGGAUUGGAUAGGCGAGGUGAGCGGGGUUAUCUACUCUUAGAGUGGCCUCUAAUGGCAAUUUAAACAGUGCUGGGCACUGAAAUUAAAUCAAAUGUUG